AUGCCCACGCUGCCCAUUCGCCAGCACCUUCUCCACUCUGCUGCAACCUACGCGGACCACCUAGGUGCUCAACGCUGUGAGCAUCUAGCCAUCGUGGCUGACGUGAAUGACCCCAUGCCGCCAUUGUUGGAGGGAGACUCAGAGGAUGAGGCCGAUGAUGAGGGCGAGGAGAUGAGUUCGGUUUCAUCGGUUUCAUCCAUGGAGGUGGACGGGUCCGGGUCCGAGUCUGCCAACCCAUCGACCGACAAGGAGGAACAGAUUGAGCACCAGUACACGUCACAGUACGCUGCUCUUCGUGAACACGUCAACUUGCUUACCUCCACGUGCGUCCUCUUUCCCCACACCGUUUCCAAACGGUCCCAACUCGACCUCGUACUCCGUCUUUUCAAGAACGACAACCCUCCAUGCUUCCGACACAACCUGCGCGUCCUCCUAGACACCUUCGACUGCCUGCUGGCCAAAAUCGACAGCCAUUCCAUCUUCCACGGCGGCAACAACCCCCAGCUUCCCGCCGAGCACUAG